AUGAUGAAUUAAUGCAAGAGCUUAAUGUAAAUAAUGAAUUAAUACAAGAGUUUAAUCCAGAUAGUAAAUUAAUGCAAGAGCUUUAUGCAGAUAUUGAGGCUCUUCAUUAUCAAAAUAAAAUAGAUAUUAAUACUUUUAUUAAUUAUUCUAAAAAAAAUAUACUAGAUGAAAUGCUUGAUAAUCAAGAGAUAGUAAAUUUUACAAGGCAUUCAGAUAAUUUUAUUAAUACUGAGGAACCUGAUAAUAUUACUAAAAAAGUAAGAAGUCUUCAAACAACCUUACUAUGCCAAACCAAUCUUGAAUCAUUUUUUGCUUCAAAUUCUAUUCAAGAAGAUGAAAUUAAUUAUAAUAUAACUGAAACUGACAUGUUUGAAGAUAAAAAAUAUAGUAAAAUUAGUGAUUCUAAAUUGGAUACAA